CCCCCCGACAACUGAAAGGAGGGGUGGCACUGUUCGCUUCCGGGUUCCUCCGGGUGGAGGUUCCCUGGCAGCCAGAAAAUGUGCAUGCACAUCUUUUAAGGCAUUGCCGUCGGCUGAUAGAUCGCCAGUCCGGGAUCUGCAGGAGCUGCCAGCAGUGCGUUCGUGUGUGCGGUGCGCUGCUCCUCCGGUUCCUGCCGCCGCAGACGCCAGUGCACGGCAGUGCACCGCGAACAAAACGGCAGGACCACAGGACUGAGCAGCAAGAACCGCCGUAGGAGCACACCAGCGAGUUAGGUGCCACGCAAUGAAUUCUCGAAACGGCAUAAUUGUUCUCGCAGUCCUGGCCACACUGCUGGCGUCAGCAGUUGGCCAAGGAAUCUUCGGUGGGCAGCUGCCUCCCAGUCGACCAGGAAGACCUCAAAGCAUAACUGGCAUCAUCAACCUGCUGCGUUACCAGAACCAGCCGUGCGAGGGACGCAACAACCAGAAUGGAACCUGUGUCAGUGAACAAGACUGCAUUGACCGGAAAGGAACGGAAGUCAACAGAUGCGCCAACGGUUUCGGUGUUUGCUGCUACGUGAGUUUCACGUGCGGCAAGUCCACUAGCGACAACGAGACGGAGUUCGUGAACCCAAACUACCCGAACGGCGAGAACGGCACGGACACCUGCCAGGUGACGAUCGAGAAGCAGAACAACGUGUGCCAGCUGAGGCUCGACUUCCUCGAGUUCAGCCUGGCCCAGCCCGACGAGAACGGACAGUGCAUCACCGACUCCUUCAUGGUUCGAACCACGGUCGGCGAGCGCCUGCCCAUUCUCUGCGGAGAGAACGCGGGACUGCACUUGUACGUGGACAUGGGCAGAAGUUCAGGCAAUCCUGUCGUGCUAAGCGUGGUCAGUAAUGGGGACAAGAUGACAAGAAGGUGGCGCAUCAAGAUCAGCAUGGUGCAGUGCAACAGCCUCGACAUCGCUCCUGCCGGGUGCCUGCUGUACUACCGAAGUCCCAGCGCUAUAGUAAGGAGCUUCAACUAUGGUCCCAUGGUGGAGCACAGGGUGCGCUACUUGAGCAACCUCCGCUACUCCAUAUGCAUCCGCAUGGAAGAGAACUACUGCUCCAUCAAGUGGGAGACUGAGUCCAACUCGUCCUUCUCUUGGGGCAAGCCCAUCGACAGGGGCGCCAACGGCACUGUCUGCAACAUGGACGACUUCGUGGGCAUCGACCAGGGCUCGACGCUGGGCCUGGGUCCGGGACAGGACCGCUUCUGCGGUACUAGCCUUGGCGAGGAGAACGUCAUCAUAUCCAACAACAAGCCAUUCACGUUGAAGGUGAAGAGCAACCACGCCUCGAGUGACAACGCCGCGAACGGCCAGUAUGGCUUCUCCUUACGCUACACGCAACUACCGUGUGUCGUCUAGCACGAAGCCGAGCCAAGCUCUUCGAGUCACCCCAUUUUUCUGUCAUCCUUACACGGAUACCACCCCCUCUACUCUCUUAACUAUUAUGUCUUCGCGACACCAACUGGACGGAUGAUCUGGCCCGGUGAUCGUCUCGAGAAGCCGGCUGAGCUCUAACUCAUUUACCAAGCCGACGUCAUCGAUACCAUCUGUAUAGGAACGGUUGUAUUUAUUGCACCAACAUAACUCCACGUCGUCUCCUCUCCGUAGUUAAUUGUGCACUGACAUGUCUCUUCUCUACGAAAUGUUGUCCCAUUUUCCUGUACCACUUUCUUUCUAUGUUUAUUAUUAGCCUCCAUGAAAGGGCUGAACGAAGACGCUGAAAGAAUUAAAAAAAAAGUUUUCUCUGAGAAGAAAUCUUAGCUAGAAUACACGCUAAUCGUUCUCCAUAAACCUACGUGGCGUCUCAAAACGCAAAAAAAAACAAAACUUGAAACUAAAAUAGAAAGUCACAUGUCCGCCAUGACAUAUGCAUACAUAUGCACUGAAACAAACAACAUUAUCUUCUUUGGAAUUCUUUUAUAAUUCUCCAUGACAAAGCACAGUGACAUGGAUUUGAAGACACGAUCAGAGUAACUAUCCCAGCAAGCCACAAAGCGGUGGUCUUGUUCAAUACUGCAGCUUUGUUUUUCGUUCCGUGUCAAAUACCCACCAUUCAUCAUCAAGCGACGUAGCAUUUAAAAAAAAAGCGUCCAUAUUUAUUAAACGCGCCAUCAUACGGUGCCAAAUGUUCCCAUCUAUUUAUGCCCAGCUGUACGUGCGACGUGCUUCCCGACUCCUAUCUAUAUAUUUGUCCUUGUAACAUGAUAGUGCUUGCGAACCUUGAGUAUGCAUGUACGGUGGUGACACCUGCAUACGGCUCAAGCUAUCUCUCACUGCAAAAGCAAGAAUUGCUUCCUUUUAGCUAUGACCGUCUGCCCCGAGAUAGUCACGCCAAGCGCCACCCACCUGCGAAACAAAACGCUAAGUGUUGAAUCUAUGUGUAAUUGUAUUGUGCCUUCUUAGAAAUGCUUUGUACUUAAUUUAAUGCUGUAGCGCUUUAAAUGUGAGGAAGUGUCGUUUUUUUAUUUGCUUUGCUAACGUUCGACUCGUGUCUUUUAUUGCCCUGCAUGCCGCACAAGUUGCUAAUAAGUGUUCACAACGCCCCGUCGCGGCGGAUUCCACGAAUGCAAGCUGCAACCAUGUAUUGUUUUGUUGAAGUGCAAUGUGGCAUGUUCGCCAGGUGUAAGCUGGCCUAUAUACAAUGCUGGCAACAUGCAGCGUCCUCCUUUGUGUACCUUUGUAGCCAUUAACGCGUAACAUGAGCAACCAGCCAACUCGCCAAGUAUUUUUUGACGUAUACCUAAUAAAGAUAUUUUUUUGCUACUUUU